UAAAGGAGUCCCAGGCACAGCUGCAGUCAGGGGGACAAAGCACUUAUUUCUUGGACUGAACACUCUGCCAGGGAAGAAGCCAAAGAGAACUUCUGAGGACAGACGCAGGAUAUAAAUAAAGUCAUGGCUUUUCGUGGAUAUAUUCUUAUUCUGUUUUUCCUCGUGAUGACAAUCAAUGUCUGCAGAGCUCAAUGGAUGGGGAACAGGGACAGGCGUAUGCCACCACCUGUGGAAUCAUUCCUGGAAAAGCUUAAAGAUCUGUCAAACCAAAGACUAAAGCGCAAUGUAAGAGACAGUGACAAUGAUGUAACUACUGAGGAAGUCACAAAAGAAGCACGGACCGGUCAGAAUUCCCUAAGUUCCUUGUUGCACCUGAGAGAGAAACGUUAUGCCGCUUCCAUCAGUGCUCGUGGCUGUCAUUUGGGGACCUGCCAGAUUCAGAAUUUAGCCAACCUACUUUACCGACUUGGGAACAACAACAACAAAGACGGGUCAAACAGAGACACAAAGGACCCUUUAGGAUACGGUAGAAGACGUCGUUCCUUGCUCCGGGAGAAGGAAUGGACAGGCUUAUCUGAAACAUUACUGGCUACAUAGAUAAAUGUGCACCUUUUAGGUUCACUCCACAAGUCAAGGAAGAAUUAUACUGGUAAUUAACAUUACAUAGAGCUGAAUUUGUGGUCUUUAGGUUUUCCUGUGGAGUCAAUCCAAAAGCCAAGCUCGGAGAUGUAUGCUCCUGGGUGGUCAGGCUGCAGGCAACCUGUCACAGAACCUGAAGAUUACACAAGCGUGUAGUGAUACACCUGCUUUUUAAUAGAAGGAACCAAGAUUUAUGCACUGAUCCAAGUGUUAGUAAAAAUGUCCUCUCCCCCUUCCUUCCCAUAUAGAAAACUGAUACUACUAUUCCAGGAGUAUGCUUUCCAACAAUAAUAAUGUCAUUUGCUUUACAGCCACUGUGUAACUCCGUGUGCCAAGAAUAAUAUUAUAAAGUUAUAUUUAGAGUGACGUCAAUGUCAUGCUUUGAGUUCUUAUGAAUGACACAAUGAUCGAGUGUUCUCAGUGUUCCUACAGGAUGCAGGUGGGGAAAGAAGAGAAUUGUUUUGCACUUGUGUACUUCUUAGAUUUGCUGGGGUAGGGGAGAGGGGACAUGUUUACGCAAAGAUGAGAGGUCAAUUCCAAACAGCAGCAUUUCCUCUUUUUAUACCUCCCAGCAAGAAGGUCACAAGUGACGAGUAUUUUUUCCUUUGCACUAGAUAUUAGAAGAAAAUCAUGUCCUCCAGGAUCUCACAGGCACAAUAAAAUCUUUACGCCUUCAGCUGCACGUUAUUUAUUAUAAUUACAGUUAAUCUGAUGACAUUUCACCUUUAAAAAAAAAGAGAUUUCAAUUAAGAAAAAAAAAAAAGUGACUUUUCAUGAAACACUAUUUUUUAUAUGUGGUGACAUUGCCCUUAAAAGAGUGUCCAAAAUGAGAAGAAAAUUUCAAUUCUUUCUCCAAGUGGAGCUGAGCUGCAAUACCAGACACAGCCUAUAGACAAAAGUAGCGCUGUGUCUGGAAAGAGUAGCAGAUCCUUUUUUUUUUUUUUUUUGCAAUCUCGUACUACCCCUCUAAGUAUUUUGCACAAUAUGGUGGCAUGUUGCACUAACAGAAAAGGGUCCACUUCUCUAGUAGCGUGAUGGAAAUAAAAGCUGAAUCCACUCAGUGAUCGUGGGGAUUGGCAGCAAAGGGACUCAUAGUACGAGAAUGGUUUUCCGAGACCAUAUUUUAGUUUAAUGCAUUGCAAAGUAUGCUGUACCAGAGUGGUCCCCAACCUGUGGCUCUACAGCUGUUGCAAAACUACAGAUCUCAGCAUGGCCAUCAGGACAUCAUGGGAGUUGUAGCUAACAGUUUGAGAGACACAGGUUGGACAGUAUUGUGGUGCACCAAUACAUUGGGGAAGAUUUAUCAAACUGGUGUAAAGCAGAACUGACUUAGUUGCCCAUAGCAUAGUUUGAUCAAUCUUCCCCAGUGUCUUUAUACUAUAAGUCAUUGAUAGCUGUAGGUUGCUAUGGGUUACAGCAUAUUGCUGCUCUUUAAACAAUACUAUGCAGUGCAGCAUCUCCUUUACAGACAUUAUCUGUGCAUACAUUCUCAGAUCUGAAGACAUAUCCCUUGCAUUAGACAAUUCCUUCCAGGCAGCAUUCAUCUGGUGUAUCCAUGAGGACAUAAAGAUGUAAUCCGCACUGUGUCAGAUUUCACUGUAUUAUAUGAGAUUUUCUGGUCAGGAGUAUAUUGUAAACAUAUCGGAGAUGUAAAUAUAUCUAUCCACACUCUACAGAUAUUUAUAGUUUUUACAUUUUAUUUUUAAGUAUUUUAAAUUAAUAUUUCUAAGUUAUAAAUGGUUGGGAAUUGAUUAUUUUAUAAGAGUAAUUAUUAUGUUUUGACACUUUGCUCAAUGGAAUAACAAUAUUUAUGAUGUUCACCAAUUAAA